AAUAGAAGUAUUGUGUAGCAUUGCUAUGGUGAAGGCCUUUUGGGUGGCUGUAGAUUGAUUUCUUUGGUGUGGCCCACCUGAUGAUUGGAUGGGACUGAUUUUUUAGGGCAUCCUAUCAUCACAGUGAAGGCCUUUUGCUGUUUUCGCACUUAUUUUUACUAUUUAUUGCAUUUUGUCAGAGGAUUUUAAUUAAAAAAAGAAAAGAAGAAGCAACGCGUAGCCUUGCUAUAGUGAAGGCUUUUUGGGUGGCUGUACACUGAUUUCUGUGGUGUGGCCCACCUGAUGAUCGGAUAGGCCUGAUUUUUGCGGCAUCCCCUCAUCAUGGUGAAGGUUUUUUGCUGUUUUAGUACUUAUUUUUACUAUUUAUUGUUUUUUGUCAGAGGAUUUUAAUUUUAAAAAAUAUAUAUAGAAGUAUUGUGUAGCUUCCGCUACACCCUGUAGAGGGCUGACCACUUUACUAUACACUACACGCUAUUUAAAACAUUAGUCAUAUAGAAAUCCCAACUGAGAUGGAGGGAGCAGAGGUGACUGAAGCAAGGGGACCAAAGAGACCGGAGCGAAACGAGGCAAGCAAGAAAGGGUAUAAAAUAAAAGCAGCUAGGCAAGCAAGAGAUGUGAGGCUUCGCCGAUUGAAACACCCAUGUAAUAACAACCCCAGUAGAAUUCAUGAAGAAAUAACCACAAGUUGCAAAAGUUUGAAACAGUAGUUAGGUACUGAAAAUGGAUAUUGAUUCGGAUCCCCAAAAUUCAAAGCCCAAAACUGCAGAGGAAGGUGUCCUGAUGCAAACAGAUAUGGAGGAAUCCUCGACCAGUGGGUCCAAGGAUAACGAAAAAGAAGAGCUUUCAAAGUCGAUGGGAAAACUACAAGUAGACGAAUCAGCACCUGAUAGUGUGGGGGAAUCAUCUAUAAACUUCAAAAGAAAACCUGUUAUCAUCAUUGUAGUAGGAAUGGCAGGCAUUGGGAAAACAACAUUUCUUCACCGUUUGGUAUGUCAUACGCAAGCUUCAAACAUCCGAGGAUAUGUUCUGAAUCUUGACCCAGCAGUCAUGUCACUUCCGUACGGUGCAAACAUUGAUAUUAGAGACACUGUUCGCUAUAAGGAAGUGAUGAAAGAAUACAAUCUUGGCCCCAAUGGAGGGAUUCUGACGUCUCUGAAUUUAUUUUCCACAAAGUUUGAUGAGGUUGUAUCAGUUAUUGAGAAGCGGGCAGAUCAGCUUGAUUAUGUUCUUGUGGACACCCCAGGGCAAAUUGAAAUAUUCACGUGGUCGGCUUCAGGAGCAAUAAUUACAGAAGCUUUUGCUUCGACCUUUCCCACUGUCAUUGCAUAUGUGGUCGAUACGCCUCGUUCAGCUAAUCCAGUAACGUUCAUGAGCAACAUGCUUUAUGCAUGUAGCAUACUCUACAAGACGAGGCUGCCUCUCAUUUUGGUAUUCAACAAGACAGAUGUGGCUCAGCAUCAGUUCGCGUUGGAGUGGAUGGAAGAUUUUGAAGCAUUUCAGGCAGCGAUAGAUUCUGACUCGUCAUACACUUCAAGCCUAUCAAGAAGCCUUUCCCUUGUUCUUGACGAGUUCUAUAAGAAUCUACGUUCUGUAGGAGUAUCUGCAGUCUCUGGUGCUGGAAUGGAGGCCUUCUUUGACGCCAUUGAAGCAAGUUCUAACGAGUACAUGGAAACUUACAAGGCUGAUCUUGACAAGAGACGGGCAGAAAAGGGGCGUUUGGAGCAGGAGCGCAGGCGGGAGAGCAUGGAAAAGCUAAAGAAGGACAUGGAGAAGUCCCAAGGAGAAACUGUGGUGUUGAGCACUGGUUUGAAAGACAAAGAAGCUAGUAAAAGCAUGAUGGAAGAAGAAGAAGAAGAAGAAGAGGAAGACGAGGACAUUGUGUUGUAUUCGGAGGAUGAUGUGGAGGAAGAUGACGGUGAAGAUGAAGAGGUUUCUCGUUUCUCAUUUUGAGGUACAACCCUGCGCAGUUUUUGUGAUGGCUUCUUUAGACUGUAUAAAGGAUCUUCAAGUGGUUGAUUGUGUACCAUUUCCUUAGGCAUGUGCUUUUGGGUGUUCUUGGUGAUACCCAUUUACAUCUAGAACAGUGUGUGCGCUGCAUCAGAAAACUGAAUUUUGGUGACCUUUUUGGACUGUGUCGAUUAUUACAUAGUAAAUUGAGUGUGGGUCACCCUAAUUUUCCAUCAUCUCAAAGCUUUAUAGGCAAUAUUCUUGUGUAAAGGAUCUUCAAGCGGUAGAUUCUGCAGCAUUUUCUCA